ACAGAUGGCCGCGAAAUCUAUUUAGCAGCAACAGACUUCAAGUGUUAGUACAUUGUAGCAGUCCGCUGAAGGUUAGGAACUGGACACAUUUCAGCUAGAAAUUAACCAAGCGUAGAGACAAGUCUAGCCUACUGGACCACGCUGAUCACUCAUAGCACAGCGAAAGCAUCAAAACAAAUAGGCGCAGUUUUGGAAAUGGCAUCUGCUAAGAGAAAGGGAAUCCUGGAGCGAUUGGAUGCGGGCGAGGUGGUCGUUGGUGACGGCGGCUAUAUCCUUCAGCUUGAGCGGAGAGGCUACGUGAAGGGAGGACCCUGGACCCCGGAGGUAGUGGUGGAACACCCUGAGGCUGUAAGGCAACUCCACAGGGAGUUCCUGAGGGCAGGAGCUGACGUCAUGCAGACCCUCACCUUCUACGCUUCAGCUCUAGACUUCGACACCGAUGUUCCCAACAUCACAUGUCAGCAAAUCAACGAGAUGGCGUGUGACAUGGCGCGCGAGGUGGCCAAUGAGAGCGGGGCGUUGGUGUCGGCGGGCGUGUCCCAGACGCCGGUCUACAAGGGCAGCAGCAGCGAGGCCGAGGUCAAGGCCAUCAUCAAGAAGCAGCUGGACGUCUUCCUCAAGAAGGACAUCGACUUCCUCAUGGCAGAGUACUUUGCCAAUGUGGAGGAGGCGGUGUGGGCUGUGGAGGUGCUGGUGACGAGUGGUAAGCCGGUGGCGGCCACCCUCUGCAUGUCACCCGCGGGGGACAAGAAGAAAGUCAGUCCCGCAGAGUGUGCCGUCCGCCUGGCCAAGGCAGGUGCUAAGAUCGUGGGGGUGAACUGCCACGUGGACCCUACUCAGUGCAUCCAGACGGUGCAGCAGAUGAAGUCAGGUCUGGACGCCGCAGGCCUCAAGGCCCACCUCAUGAUCCAGCCCCUCUGCUUCCACUGCCCCGACUGCACCUGCGAGGGCUACCUCAGCCUGCCCGAGGCUCCAUUCGCGUUAGAGUCUCGGGCCCUGAACCGCUGGGACGUGCACAAGUACGCGCGGGAGGCCUACAACGCCGGCAUCCGCUACAUCGGGGGCUGCUGCGGGUUCGAGCCGUACCACAUCCGGGCCAUCGCAGAGGAGCUUUCCCCAGAGAGGGGCUUCCUCCCCCCGGCCUCCCAGAAGCACGGAGCCUGGGGCAGUGCCCUGGACGUCAGUCCAAGACCCUACCUCCGAGCCAGGGCAUGCCGCUCCCACUGGGAGAACCUCAAGCCAGCCUCAGGCAGACCCCUCUGCUCCUCACUGGCUAUUCCUGACGUCUGACCCCCUCUCUCUAUCACACACACACACACACACACACACACACACACACACACACACACACACACACACACACACACACACACACACACACACUCCAUUACUACAUUACAGGGCUACCAAAGCAAUGCUUUUGCCUUUUAUCAACUGUAAUUUUAUUCACAACACACUCCCAUUUACAGUUCCCUGUUUUCCAUUUGCAUAGCUUUUGUAAACAGAAAAUACUAACACACACACACACACACACACACACACACACACACACACACACACACACACACACACACACACACACACACACACACACACAAAAAGGUGCUAGGCACAAUCCAAUGUGCACUGUAAAUUAACUCAUGGGAAAAAAUUCCUUGUCACAUGGGAACUGCUACUGAAAAUCAAUCCUGCCGUGUAAAUGCUCAGCCAUAGUUGGUGGGAAAAAUAAUUAUCUCCCUGAAAUACCACCUGUGGCUUCGCAGAUUUUUGACUGACAUGUAACAAAUAUGUCAUCAAAAAACCUGUAUACUAUACACAGUCAAUUUUGCGAUGUUAAUGCAAUACUAAUUGAGUGUAUUAUAUUUUAUGAAAGAGGGUUAAAUUGGACUCAUAAGUGUUGAAUGAGAGUUGCUUCAUUGAAGGGUUAAAAUGUAACACUUUUCGAAAGAGGGUAUUUGGUUCUACGGUACUCUCCACAGUGUAAUCUAACCGCACAAAUACACCUACCGCGACAAGAGCGAGGCGAGCGACGGAAGUAAUUGACUUUGUAUUGAGUCGCGCGACAAAAGCGAUUCUGGAGACUAGAGCGAUUCGCACGCAGAGAGCGACAGUUUGCAGUUGAAAUCCUUUCAACUUUCCAUGACGCGGUUCGGCGACCAGCCGCGACAGCCAAUGACUGUAUAGAGGUCAGUGACCACAGCCAAUGGGAAUGUUUGAAUGCUUUGCCUGGACAUACGCUAGUUGCUUCAAUCGCUCGUAUCGCUCUUGCUGCACAGAAGCGAUUCUCUGUCGCUUCAAUCGCGUCACGGCGGGUCUAUUUGUCCGGUAAUACUGUAUAAUUUUACAUGCUGUACUUGUGUUGCCUUUUGUGUGUGUUUCACAAGUUAAGCUACACCCUCAAUCUCUGUCAGUGUUUCUGUUUGGUUCUGACAGGUUGAUUUGUAUUUUUAGCACUUAUUUUAUUGCCCUUCAUUUUUUUAUUAAUCGAAAAUGUAUUAUUAAUAUUAUUAAAUAUGUGCCCCUCAUA